AGCCACGGGUCAACAAGCCCCCAGUGGUGGUGGUCUCUCCAGAGUUCCAGGAGAUCUCUCUGCCCACCAGCUCCACGGUGAUCGACGGCAGCCAGAGCACCGACGAUGACAAGGUGGUGUCCUGGCACUGGGAGGAGGUCAAAGGUCCUCUGAGGGACGAGAAGGUCUCUGCAGACACCCCCAUCCUGACCCUGACCGGACUGGUCCCCGGGAACUACACCUUCAGUCUGACAGUAACGGACUCUGAUGGAGCCACCAGUUCUACCCUGGCCAAGCUGUCUGUCAACAAAGUCAAGGACUACGGACCCGUGGCCAACGCCGGGCCCAACCAGGUGAUCCAGCUGCCCAGGAACUCCAUCACACUGUCUGGAAACCAGAGCAAGGACGACCACGAAGACCUGUCCUACGAGUGGUCUCUGAGUCCUGAGAGCAAGGACAAGGUGCUGGAGAUGCAGGGGGUGCGGACCCCCACCCUGCAGCUGUCUGCCAUGCAGGAGGGAGACUACACCUUCCAGCUGACCGUCACCGACUCUGCAGGACAGCAGGACACGUCCAAGGUGACCGUCAUCGUUCAGCCAG